CCGAGAGAGGUGGAAGGUGCUGGGAGAGGGAGAGAUGGCGUCUAUAUGGGUAGACGAUUUGGAAGCAGGUGCUGGAGAUUCUGGAGAAGAGCGGUUGCAUGAUUACGUGGAGUACGUGGAAAACAACGAGUUUAUUCGCAAACAUCAGUCGAGAGGAGUUCGCAUUUACUCUGAAUCGUAUCCUCUCGUCCACAUGCUGAGAUACCAUUCUACGGCGUUAAGGAUGGUCCUCCGUACUGCUGAAUUCUACUUCUUGCUCGUUUUCCAUUCUUUCCUUCUCGUCGCAUUCCGAUUGUACGGCAGGCUUGUCGUUGAUGGUGAAGUCGAGCGCUUUGCCAGUAACGGCCGCCCCCGCAGUCAUUGGCCUCGUAUUUCUAACGAGCUCUUCACAAUCUUGUCCCCUCUUGUGGUUUUUCUCCUUGUCUUCUACAAUAAUCAGGCCUACAACAGGUACAUGGAACAGUUCUUCCUCGCCCGACUCAUUGAGGGCCGUAUGAGGUACAUGACCGCCCGAUUGCGUGCCUUCUUCCGGCGACAACCCUUUCCUGCAGCUGAGCAGUCGAUGCGAUCUAUUUUUAGAACUAUGGUGGUGGCUCAUUACUCUCUCUUCUUUCGGCUUCCUCGGUACGUCAGGCAUGGUGUCGACAAGUGGGGGUCAGACUACUUGCUCAAAUGCCAGCUUAUCACAGCCGAGGAGAAGCAAUUCCUAGAGAAGAAGACAGGCCCGCAAAUCUUCGCAGAGGCAAUGGCAUUCGCCACGGAACUGCUGGCAGAACAUCUUCGACAAGGACACAUAGAUAGCCAAGUGUACGGCUAUUUCCAGGAGGAUUUCCAAGUUCUAGCUCGAUACAUAAUGACAAUCACUAGCUACGCGAACCACCCAGUUCCGUUCGCGUACUACCACUUAACGACAGUCCUCACGGUCAUGCUGUUGAUGUUGGUCGCCUAUUCGUUCAUCUUCUACGACUCCAUAUUCACGAUUGUGGUGUACGGCCUGCUGUGUUUGGUCGUUCUAGGGCUGAGAGACUUGAGUGCGGCUCUGUCGGACCCGUUUGGCACGGACGAUGUGGACUUUCCGACGAUCUUACCCACGGCAAGAACUCACAGGGACAUGGAGGACAUCCUAGAUAGGGAUAGCGUUUUCGGUCGGGUAAUGGCGAAAGGUAGUGAGAGUAGGCAGCGACAGCGCUAUCGGGAUUGGGUCGUGGGAGGGGUACAGGACAUGCUCAUGAAGCAGCUUAGGAAGACUUCGUGACAGGGCCACGCCAACGGACAGGCUCCGGAACAGG